AAAUAGAAACUUCUGAGAAACCAAAACUACACCAGAGAGGGAGGGCACCCUGAGCAACAGACCCACAGCUGCUCAGGUCUCUGCAUCAGGAGCCGCACUUCCCAGCCCUUCCUCAUUUGAGACAACACCUGCUCCCCCAAAGGUGGAGAUGAUCAAGGAGGAGCAUGAGGUGUCCGUGCUGGGGGCACCCCAGAGCUCAGCUCCCAUGACGACCACCGUGAUCAACAUCCACAGUGACACCUCCGUGCCCGACCACAUCGUCUGGUCCCUGUUCAACACGCUCUUCAUGAACUGGUGCUGCCUGGGCUUCGUGGCCUUCGCCUACUCCGUGAAGUCUAGGGACCGGAAGAUGGUGGGCGACGUGACUGGGGCCCAGAGCUAUGCGUCCACUGCCAAGUGCCUGAACAUCUGGGCCCUGGUCUUGGGCCUCUUUCUGAGCACUGGAUUCAUCGUUCUUAUGGGAUUUACCUGCCUGACACUCUACCAGAUAAUUGUAAAGGCCAUGCAGGACGGCAGAGGCUACUUCUAGCUGCCCAUGGGCACAGCCCCGUCCCCAUCAUGCCCUGCUGGCCUCACAUGCUGGGGCUUUGGCCCUGCCCACUUGCCCAUACCCUUUUCUACAGCAGUUUUUGCAGACAUACCCGUCUACACCUGGAUUCAAUAAAGUGCACUUGCAUGUGA